AUGGCGCAGUCGCACAUCCUGUCCGCCGUGGAGCCCGAGCUGGCCGGCAGGGGCGUGGCCGGCAAGGGCGACCCCUCGGAGCGGGACCUAAGCAUCACGCUGGACGACCGCGAGCUCUGGACCAAGUUCCAGUGCCUCACCAACGAGAUGAUCGUCACCAAGAACGGCAGGAGGAUGUUCCCUGUGGUGAAGGUAACUGCUUCUGGUCUAGAUCCUGCAGCCAUGUACACGGUACUGCUAGAAUUUGUGCAGAUAGAUCCCCACAGAUGGAAGUAUGUGAAUGGUGAAUGGGUACCAGGGGGGAAGGCAGAGGUGCCACCUCCAAAUCCCAUAUACAUUCACCCAGAAUCACCCAACUUUGGUGCUCACUGGAUGAAAGAGCCCAUUUCAUUUGCAAAGGUUAAGCUCACAAACAAGACAGAUGGAAAUGGACAGCAGAUAAUGUUGAACUCUCUCCACAAAUAUGAGCCUAGAGUUCACCUAGUAAAGGUCGGAUCAGAGCAACGCAGGGUUCUUACAUACCCUUUCCCAGAGACACAAUUCAUUGCUGUUACUGCUUACCAAAAUGAAGAGGUAACAUCAUUAAAAAUAAAGUAUAAUCCCUUUGCUAAAGCAUUUCUGGAUGCAAAGGAACGACCUGAUAACAUUUAUCAAAGAGAAUUCAUGCAAGGAUAUCCUCAAACUCAGCAGACGCAGUACCCUCAAUACAGUUCCUGGUUGUUGCCGCAGCCAGUUUAUUCUCCACUAUCAUCCCCAUGUGACAGGCAUCACGCGACAUUGCGGAACCCGCGAACUUCUCCGUAUCCAACAGUACAGCAACAUCGCACCAACAAGCCCCUGUCAUCCACACCUCCUCCCCCACAUGUCACCUACUCUGAGCCACAGUCGACAACUGCAAGCAUGUUCAGUCCACCGACAAGUUUUGCGUGGUCAAUCACAUCACCACAGCCGAUGAGCUCACCUUCAGCAAACAUCGGAAGCAGUGGGGCGUGGUCGGUGCCUGGAAGCUCAACACCACCACCCACUCAUUCCCUGGGGACACCACCACCACCUCCCCCACCGUCAGCGGGAUAUGCUACUUGGCACCAUCUAGGAACAAUGGACCUGGCAGGCCAAGGGUCACCUUAUCACCAGCACUAUCAGGGAACAGAGUUCCUGCCGCUCAUAGCAGACGAGCCCACGACGGCCCCAGCUCCCGAGUACCAUCAGCCGUCACCUCAGCCGCAGCAGCGAUCCUCUCCGGUCUCCCUGUAUCGGCACGAGAAGACCGAACCGUACAGCGAUGAAGGCACGGGCUCGCCAGCAUCACGCAACGAGUGCUGGAGUCCACUGCCUCAUGCUACACUGUGA